AGAAAACAAACCGAGCGAUCACAGCAGCAGCCGCAGCGACAGCAGCAGCAGCAGAAGGAGGAGGAGGAGGAGGAGGAGAAAGAGGAGGAGGAGGAGGCAAAGUUGGAGUGGGGCAGGCGCUGCGGAGUUGCAGGGCUCCGCGCAGCUCCCAUUCAUUAAGUAGCCAGCUGCGGAGGAAGGUGGCCAGGCGCCCGCGCUGCCCACUCGCUACCUCGCGCGCGCACACACACAUACGCCAGACCCGCGCUCUCCGAGCAGCGCCGCUCUGCAAAAGUUCCUGCUCGGGAUUUGGCUCUCUUCCCUCUUGGACUUUCGAACGACUUGGGAGUUGAGAGAGGAAAGCAGAGGCGCCCAGGGGGAGCAGAAAACACCACCGUGUGCAGCUGGAAACAGGCAGCCGGGCUGCACUCUUUGCCGCCGCUCCCCGAACCCUGCCGAUCCGCCACUCUCCGGAGCAGCCCUGCCAGAAAGGCGACCCGGGCGUCUGAGUGUGUGGCUGAAGUCGUGGGGUGUCUUCACGGGGCUGGAGGCUCGCGCCGCAGCCAGCGCCAUGCAAAACUACAAGUACGACAAGGCGAUCGUCCCGGAGAGCAAGAACGGCGGCAGCCCGGCGCUCAACAACAGCCAGAGGAAGAGCGGCAGCAAGCGGGUGCUGCUCAUCUGCCUCGACCUCUUCUGCCUCUUCAUGGCGGGACUGCCCUUCAUCAUCAUCGAGACAAGCACCAUCCAGCCUUACCACCGAGGGUUUUAUUGCAGUGAUGAGAGCAUCAAGUACCCACUGAAAACCGGAGAGACGAUAAAUGACGCUGUGCUCUGUGCAGUGGGGAUUGUCAUUGCCAUCCUUGCGAUCAUCACAGGAGAAUUCUACCGGAUCUAUUACCUGAAGGAGAAGUCUCGGUCAGCAGUUCAGAAUCCCUACGUGGCAGCCCUCUAUAAGCAAGUGGGCUGCUUCCUCUUUGGCUGUGCCAUCAGCCAGUCCUUCACGGACAUUGCCAAAGUGUCCAUAGGACGUCUGCGCCCUCACUUCUUGAGUGUCUGCAAUCCCGACUUCAGCCAGAUCAACUGCUCCGAGGGCUACAUUCAGAACUACAGAUGCAGAGGCGAUGACAGCAAGGUGCAGGAAGCCAGGAAGUCCUUCUUCUCUGGCCACGCCUCCUUCUCCAUGUACACUAUGCUGUAUCUGGUGCUAUACUUGCAGGCCCGCUUCACCUGGAGAGGUGCCCGCCUGCUUCGACCCCUCCUGCAGUUCACCUUGAUCAUGAUGGCCUUCUACACGGGACUGUCCAGAGUAUCUGACCAUAAGCACCAUCCUUCUGAUGUCCUGGCAGGAUUUGCUCAAGGAGCCCUGGUGGCCUGCUGCAUAGUAUUCUUCGUGUCAGACCUCUUCAAGACUAAGACGACACUCUCCCUGCCUUCGCCUGCCAUCAGGAAGGAGAUCCUUUCACCUGUGGACAUUAUUGACAGGAACAAUCACCACAACAUGGUGUAGGUGCUGCCCGCCUCCUGAGCUGGUUUUUUUUUGUACAAUGACUGCUGACAGCAAGUUCUUGCUGCUCUCCAAUCUCAUCAGACAGUAGAAUGUAGGGAAAAACUUUUUUGCCCAACUGAUUUUUGAAAAGGAAAAAAAAAAAAAGUCUUACCUUGUGGCCUUCCAAAAUAGGUAGCGUUCACCUAUGUGGAAUCAACAGCAAACUAACACCAAGUGCCGGAGUCCUGGAUGUGCAGUUGGUUUAAGUGUUCAUGUUCUAGUGAGCACGGGCCUGUCCCACCACAAACACUAAAAUGAUUUGAGUCUUCUGGUCACCUUCUGUGACCUGAGAAUCCCAGGCCUGUGAGAAAAGUGCAAAUUCAAUGUUGUAGCACAUCACACCAGAAUUAGCACUGAAUCCACAACCUAGCCUUGGGGGACUCCCCUCUGGCAUUCCCCCUUCUCAUCCACUCUAUUCUCUACUGUGACUUUGGUUCAGGAAAUUUUGUUUUCUUAAAUCUAAGGAAUGAGCAUAUUUGCUCAGUCAAGUGGUCAAGAUCCCAAAUCCAAAUCCCUAGUCCUUAGGAUUUUCUAUCACAGCUCCUGACCCCUGCACAGUCCACAGGCCCACAACCAUGGUCCCUCACUUUAGAGAUUAGAAGACUCUUUGUGGGAUGAGUGAACUUCACAAAUAGCACAAUUUCAGAAGAACUGGAGGGUCCAGGCCUCCAUUUGUCUUCUUUUGACUCAUCGUCCUGUGAUGUUGUGAUGUCGAUCACAGGAUGCUGAUGUUGUACACGUCAAUCACCGGGCACUUGCACACUCUUAGAAACGGUUAGACUUCGGUUACUGCCAUCUCCCUUGAAAUCCGGGGUUUCCUAUGAGUGUCCAGAGAUGAGCAAGGGCAUGGUCGGCCUCUGGCUGAUGCAAAACAGCCUUCUGGACAGGAGACAGGGGAGGAAAAGGGCAGAAUGAAAGAUGAAACAACCUUUCAGCUACUCCAAUUCGGAGGGAGCCAGAGUAGCAGCCGGUCUCCUGCCUGAAAGGCUACCCUUCAAGAUAACGGAGCGGAGAGGGUUUCCGUGGGAGUUGCUCUUGCUAAGCUGUGUAAAGCACUGUUGUCUUGGGGUUGACCCCUAGGGCAGUUCUUGGUAGGUUCUGCUGGGCAGAACACAUGGGUUAAAUCUCCGUAGAGUUUUCCUCAUUCUCUAUCCAUAAGUGUCCUUCCAAGCAAGGUCGUACUCUGGGUGGUAGAUGGGGACCCCUUCUACUGGACCUUUGAGGAAAGGAGGAAGAAAGAAAUGCUUCUUGAUCUUGGAUGCAAACCUUUCAAAGGGCUACAUGUAACCAUAUGGAUCAACCACAUGCACAUCCUUGUUACAGAAUCCGUCCUUUCAUUUCAACGUAUAGCAAGCUAUGAUUUUUAUAUAUAAAUAUUAUAUAAAUAAUGUAUAAAACAUUAAAAGUUAACUAUGUAAAAUAUUAUUUCUGAAGCAAUUUUAGCUAUAUCCACUAUGAUUAUAAACUGUGUCUCGACCUGUGUUAUUUACUUUAGCUGCUUAAAAAAGCAAUGAGUUAAUUUUUUUUUAAUCUCAACUAAAAUAUCAAUAGUUCUGUGGUAGCCAUUGUUUUACAAUGAGAGAAAUAACUGCAACUAGAGAAAAAUGUAUAAAAACAUUAAAUUGUCAGUAUUUUUGUAAGGUUC